UAGUUCCAGUUCGUCUUCGAAAGGUGUUUGUUCGAAUUAAACGGUCAUAAUUUUGAAAAUCAAAACCAUAUGCAAUUGGAGCAGUGCCUCAGUAAUUAAUAUCGCAAGUGCGCUUUACGUGUGUUGGAAUUUCAUACAUAUAAAAAUUAUCGAGAAAUAAACAUAAAACCAGCAGACGAAAGAAAAUACACAAAGGCAACGUCGACAACGUGUACAAAAUGAGGCACAAAUUGUUGCUGCUGCUGCUAAAUGCAACAGCCCUGCUGCUAAGUACAGUGAGUGGGCAGUACGAGAAUAUUCCCUACCAGUCGGUGACCGACAUUUGCACGACUUGCGUCUGCAUUUCAACGAAGGAUGACAACAAUCGGGUGCACUACACUCUCAACUGUGCCAUGAAGAACUUUGAGCAUAUUCUCGCUCGCUGGCCCACAAAUUUUGACACCCAGGACACGGGCACUGAGGUUGUGGCCUCGUAUUCCGGCAACAAUAUUCGCCUGCUGCAACAGUUGCCGGCAACAACGGCGGCUGUGACAUUCUCGUGUCGUCACUGCGGCAUUCAACAGUUGCAGGCGCCACUUUUCAUGGACGUGCCCAAUGUGGAGGCAUUGUAUCUGAGUUGGAACGAGAUUGCGGAUGAUGCCCUGAAGCCGGAACUGUUUCGUGGCCCCUUUAACAGCACCAAGUAUGAGCCGAUUGCGCUCAAGGAUCUGGAUCUCAGUCACAAUCGCAUCGCUCGCCUGGAUCGCAAACUCUUCGAGCAUACGCCACAGCUGCGCAAACUUAAUUUGGCCUCCAAUAAACUGAGUGUUUUGGAUAAUGCGACGACAGCUGCGCUGGCAGCGAUUCCCAAUCUCCAACGACUCGAUUUGUCCUACAAUCAGAUGGUCACAUUGUCAAUUGAUUUGUUUCCCCCAUUGCACAGUCUUCACAUACUCGACAUCUCGGGCAAUGAGUUCGCCGUUGUGCCUGCCUCCAUAAGACAGCUGAGCAAAUCGCUGCAGCAACUGAAUCUGGCCUACAAUCCACUGGCCAAAAUCGAUGCACACAGUUUCCGGCAGUUGGAUGCACUGCGUCGCCUUAACAUCAGCAAUCUGCCCAUGCUGCGCAGCAUUGAGCUGGGCGCCUUGCAGCUGCCUGCCUUGGAGCAACUCCACUGUGCACACAAUCCAAAGCUGGAGAACUUUGAGUUUGUGGAUCUGCUGGCGAGUCGCAAUCUCACGCUGCUGGACAUCUCACAGAAUGCAUUGACCACGCUGGCGCUCAACGUGAGUGGCAACAGCACAGCAACAACUUGGCCACGUUUGCGUAGUUUGGCCAUUGCCGGCAAUCCUUGGUACUGCAGCUGUGAACUGUUCAAUACCUUGGAGCUGGCUGGCGCUCCCCAGGUGCUGCAAUCCCAGGAGACUCUGGCGCGCUGUACCACACCAUAUUUGCUGGCUGGAACUCCGCUCACCAAUUUGACUGCUGAGCGUAUUUGCAACAUGGUCAUACCCAAGAAGUAUCAGCCUGUCGAGGAUGAUCCACCGCGUUUUCUGCGACGUCGCUACAUCAUUCUCACCGUCAUCAUUGCCAGCGUCGUGGUUGUCGCCGGCCUCAUCAUUGGCUUCAUCGUGGUGUGUGUGCGACGUCGUCUCAAGGGAAACGAAUACGGUGUCCAGCCCAUACGCUACACCAGCGUCAGGGGCAGCAAUCUGUCCGCGUUCUCGCAACUGCAACCGGUCUCGGUGACCAGUAAGUUUGGUAACCCAGCUGCAGCUGGAGGAGCUGGCACAACGGGUGCACCAAAUGCCUGAAACGCUCUCGAUGCGCUUUGAACCACAUGAGCCAAAGAUGUCCACGAAAGUGUGCUGUACAUAAUAUAUAUUUUGAAUCCGAGAGGAGUUCGUCAUGCCACCACCAAGCAUACAUCCGUAGUGUCUAGUGUUGCCAUUCGCUGUUUGUAUUGUACUUAAGUUUUCGAUAGUUUAUAAUUUGUCAAAUAAAACGCAUUUUUAUACACAA